AUGCUUUUAAUAUGGAACAUAUUUCCAAAUUGCCAAAUUGUGAUAUAUGAGAAAGCGCUUAGUGCUAGGAAACUUAUUUUGGAAAAACUUCAGAACAGGGUCAUUGUCUUUACUAAUUAUGACUCACAAAAGAAGACGACAAGCAAGCGAGGUGUGCAUGCUGAAGGGCACGUUGGUCUUCACACCAUGGAGCCAAACGAUAUUCAAUUGAUCAAAAUGAUAGCAGAGUCAGCACAACAUAACCUCGACCCGACACCGAGAACGAACUACGCAAAAACUUAUACUGCGGAAAAUCAUGUUAGGGACUUGUUCAUUGGUCAAGACAAUAAUCCCACGUACAGCGAUUCAAUUUCUACUAUACCAAACACUUUAGAUACUUCUGCCUUCUAUCUCCCUCGCAUUACCCUACAGCCUCAAGCUAUAGGAACCGUCUUCAAUCUCGUCCGGUGA